AUGGGCAGUACUCAAGAAGUCUUUGUCGGUUCCAUCGAUCAAGGAACCACCAGUUCGAGGUUUCUGAUCUUCAACAAGCGAGGCGAACCCGUUGCCUCGCACCAGCUUGAAUUCAAGCAGAUUUACCCGCACCCUGGCUGGCAUGAACAUGACCCUCUAGAGAUUGUUGCCUCGGUAGAGAAGUGUAUCGACGGGGCGGUCCAACAAUUCCAGGACCAGGGUCACAACAUCAACACCAUCAAGGCCGUUGGCAUCACCAAUCAGCGCGAGACAACUGUUCUGUGGAACAAGGAGACUGGAGAGCCCUUGUACAACGCCAUCGUUUGGACCGACACUCGCACGCAGGCCCUCGUACGAAAGCUGAAGCACCGGCUCGGGGCUGACAAGCUCACUGACAUUUGCGGACUUCCGCUUUCCACCUACCCUUCAGUGGGCAAGUUGCUCUGGUUGCUCGAGAACGAAGCAAAGGUGAAGGAUGCUUAUGAGAAGGGUGUUUUGGCCUUUGGCACCAUCGAUGCCUGGCUCGUGUAUAAACUCAAUGGAGGCCCGACGAGAAAUAUCUUCGUCUCCGACCCUUCAAACGCGUCACGAACGAUGUUCAUGAACCUCAAAACGCUUGAGUACGAUGACUCUCUCCUCGACUUCUUCCGCAUCGAUACCUCAAAGAUCCACCUUCCUAAGAUCGUCCAUUCCUCCGACUCCUCGGCGUAUGGUUCGCUCACAUCAACCGUCCUCAAAGGUGUCCCGAUCACCGGUUGUUUAGGAGAUCAAUCCGCUGCACUCGUCGGCCAAAAGGGCUUCACGCCAGGCCUCGGCAAGAACACGUAUGGAACCGGCAGCUUUAUUCUGUACAACGUAGGCGACAAGCCCGUCAUCUCCAGCCACGGACUCCUGACCACCGUGGCGUUUGACUUUGGCGGCAAACAUAAGCCCAUGUACGCUCUUGAGGGAUCCAUUGCAGUGGCGGGCUCAAGCGUCAAGUUCCUCGUUGAAAACUUCGGAUUCAUCGACAAGUCCUCCGAGAUCAGCCAACUCGCCGAGACGGUCGAGGACAACGGUGGUGUCACGUUCGUGACGGCCUUCAGCGGCCUCUUUGCGCCCUAUUGGAUCGACGACGCCCGCGGAACCAUCUUCGGUAUCACAGCUUACACACAGCGGGGCCACAUCGCUCGUGCAACAUUGGAAGCGACGUGCUUCCAGACCAAAGCCAUUCUGGUGGCGAUGGAGAAGGACUCGGGCCACACACUCAGCGAACUGGCCGUCGAUGGCGGGAUGUGCAACUCGGACCUGUGCAUGCAGACGCAAUCUGACCUCAUUGGGAUCCCGGUCAAAAGACCUGCCAUGCGCGAAACCACCGCCCUGGGUGCGGCGAUCGCGGCCGGUCUGGCGGUUGGCGUCUGGGACAGCAUCGAUGAGCUGAAGGACGUCAAUAUCGACGGUUCCACCAUCUUCAAGCCUGCGAUUGGUAAAGAAGAGAGUGCUAAACAGUUCGCACGGUGGGAGAAGGCCGUGGAGAUGAGCAAAGGCUGGGCGAAUUGA